UGGUCCUCCCUCCUGUCUCUUCUGUAAAGAAAAGUGAAAGCACCCAAUGACAAUGACAGCAACAACCCAAACAAGCUGUUUGAUUGAUAAGAGUAGGUUAAGAUAUGGAGCGAAAUUAUAAAAUUUUGCACUGAUAGGAGGCUUUACAGUGGCUUACAGGUUGAUAGAUGACGUCUCCUAACACGAAUGGACAACUAGGUGUAGAGAACGGAAAGGUUUCGUGUGUCGAAGUUCGAAUUGAAGCUUAAAACAAUGGAAGCUGGUAGCAUUACAAAAGUAUUGAAAGAUGUAUUUACUACAAUGGAAGGAGAGCUUAGUCUCUCCAAAGGUGAUAUUUUCCAAGUCAUUAAGCCAAUCGACAAGUAUUGGUGCUACGGAAAUUCCAUUGGUCGAAUUGGAUUAUUUCCCUCGGAUCAGCUAAUUCCUGUUGAAACACCUGAGCUUAAAGACAAUGAAGAACUUUUCCUUGCAAUUGCUGAUUUCUCAGGAGAACAGGAUGGAGAUUUGAGGUUUUAUAAAGGUGAAUUUAUUAUUGGUGAGAAAAAAUUAGAUGAACACUGGUGGUAUGGAAAGAUUAGCCAAAAUCGCACAGGUGUUUUUCCUGACACAUUUACAUGGCUUAUAAAUUCUUCACCUCGAAAGGCUCAGAGAAGCAAAACUGCCAUGAAUGUCAAAGCACGAGUUAAAAUAAGUUUGAAAGCACAACUAGAAGAAGAAAUAGAUCUUUGUGUGGGAGACGUUGUGACUAUUAUUGAGGAAACUGAUAAAGGAUGGUACAGGGGCAUUUGCGGGGAUCGGAGUGGAAUUUUUCCAGCAGCAUAUGUCACAUUAUUAGAGGAGACACCAACAAACCAGGCUGAUUUAGAUGAUUCUAUACCGAAAAGUGUUUUUAGUGACAACUCUGGAAUUCUUCACUGCACCAACACUUUCAACUCAACAUUUAACAAUGAAAAUAAUACAAAGAGUCUCCAGAACUGUUCCAACAAUGUUGAGGUGGAGUCAUUCUCUAAGGAUCUAAUGUCAUUCUCUCCUGAAAAGGAGGCAAGGCCUAUGCAAUCUAAACCAAAUCCUGUAAAUUCAGACGACGAGAUUUUUAAGGAUGACUAUUUUAAACUCAACAUGCCAUCAAUGUGUUCAGAGAGUUACAACCUUGAGGGUCAUUCCCAACGGUCAGAUUUGGCUAUAAGAGGUGGCAGUUCAUCAUAUCUGACUGAGCUUGUAAGUGAACUAGAUGAUGGCAAUAUUCAACCAUAUGGCAUGACUCUCUAUCCCUUUUAUGCUCAGUAUGCUAAUGAGUUGAGUUUUCAUGAGAAUGAAAUUGUUCAUCUUAUCCGCUAUAUUGACGAUGGUUGGCUUGAAGGAGAAAUUGAUGGAAGGAAAGGUAUUUUCCCAGUAAGUUAUGUCAACAUACUAGUAGAUUGUGAUAGAGGCUGGAGAGGCCCUGUGUUGAACCAAAUAGACAACGCUGAUACUCACCAAAGUCUAACGCCUAGAUCAUAUGCCAAAGUAAUUUAUAAUUUCGAUGCUCAAAUGAAUGGAGACUUGUCUGUGAAAGAAGGAGAAACUGUGAUGGUAAUGAAUAUUAUUGAUAAAGACUGGUAUGAAGUGCGGAAUCAGUCUGGGCUUACUGGCCUGUGUCCUUCCAAUCACUUGACAUCACAAAGUGUCUCCCCUCCUGGAACUUUAUUCAGAUCUACUAGCUUUACCUGCACCCUGGAGCCCUUAUUGAGUAUUCAAAAACCAGCACCUAGGACCUUUGAGCCUCACGACUUUUCAGUGGAAUUCAGAAAGAAAGAAAAUAAAGUGGAUGAUUUGAUAACAAGAAACCUCUCUGGAUUAGAUGUUAUACCAUUGAAAAGAAGAUCACCAAUUGAAAAAACAUUCAUUGAUUACAAAGAAGAACUCAACAUUGUCAAGGUUCAAAGUGACAAGAAUGAUGAGGAACUUGAGCAACAUGACUUUUCUAAUAGCAACAAAGAUAGAUCUGAUAUUUUGGAAGAUGUAGACGAUCUUAAACCACCAAACUAUCCUCCACCACCUCCCCCGGCAGAUGCUGUUGAAGUAUCAAAUGGAAUGUUUGAACAGGUUGUCAAAGAUAUAAAACCAUUACCAACAGUACUUCCAAACACACAUAAUGAUCAACCUACUAUCAUUCAAGAAAAUAAAAUGAAGCAUAGAUCUGCUCCUCCCAUACCUCUACCUCCCAAACCAUCAUGUCCUAAACGCCCUCCUCCACCAUCCAGAAGAUCUAGUAUUGAUCGGGCACCACAUAGACCUGCUCCUCCUGUUCCUGUUGCUGGUCAGACGCCUGUGCGGAAGAGCUUGAAAAGAUUGCCAAGACAGACAUCGGCUCCAUGUGUGCUGUCAGAUGAUGUAAAUGAUGUAGACGACAUAAGGGAACUCCUAACAAAGAAAGAAAAGCAGCUACAGGAAAUCCAGAUGGUGCACGAGGAAGUUGAAACAGAAUUAGAAAAAACUGAAGGAAAUGAUCAGCGUGCAGAAGAGUUGCGUCAAUGUGGGGCAAUGUAUGAAAAGAAAAUGCGAAGACUGAAAAUUGAUAUUCAUCAUUUUAAGAGUAAACUGGACAAAACAGAAGCUGAAUCGUCUACCCAUCAGACAUCUUCAGAAUGCACAGAACAGAUGAAAAUCAAAAUGAAGGAACAGAGGCAAAAUGUGAUAUCAGAACUUGUGAUGACCGAGAAAGAAUAUGUUCGAGAUCUGAAGAUGACAUAUGAAGUCUUUAAUUUGCAUAAUCCUACAAUGCUUGAAGAAAGGGGUAUUGAUGUGAAGGCGUUGUUUGGAAAUAUCCUAGAUGUAAUGCAUGUCGCAGAAAAUUUUUUGGACUCUCUUCAAUUUGCUAUGAAAGGCCAAUCUGAUGAAAAUCAGUGCAUUGGACCAGUUUUCCUCAAACAUGCAGAUUUUAUCAAAAAAGUUUACAGUGAAUACUGUGCAAAUCAUGAAAAUGCACUAUGUUUACUUGAUAAAUACAAAACAGUCCCAGGGGCACAAGCAGUUUUUGACAAAGCAAUGGAAACUCUAAGAUACCAGGUUACAUGUUUUAACGUAGGAUCUGUCCUCAUUAAACCAGUUCAGAGGCUUUUAAAGUAUCCACUGAUUCUUAAUGAACUCAUCAAAUGUACAGAAGACCGUCAUAAAGAUAAACAUGAUUUGUUGAAAGCAGUCAAAGUUUUCACCAAUAUGGCAUCUGAUAUAAACGAAUAUAAGCGUAGAAAAGAUAUUGUGUCUAAAUAUUUAGGUGAUGGUACUUCUACUCUAGCGAGAAAGAUGGCUAAAUUAAACCUUCACUCAGUUGCUAAGAAGUCAUCUCGCCUAAGUGCAAAAUUAUCUUCGACUCUUGGCUUAAGCUUAGCUCCAAAAGAUGAAUUGUUCUUGGAGCAAGAGCGUUCAUUUCAUGCUCUUGAGAGGACAUUACGCCUUUUAGUACGUAAUCUUGAUGUUCAACUAAAUUAUCUGAAUGAAGAAGUCACAGCUUUAUUUCAUUUGGGAGAAGUUUUGGCCACAUUUUAUAUGGAGCGUUCUAGUGAUCAAGAUGUAGAUGAAUUCAGAACUACGCAGCGACUCAUUUUAAGCCAAUAUUGGGAUGAAUUUAAAAUUGUUGUUGAAAGAAGAGUGACUGCUCCUCUUAUGACUUUAAUUGAACUUUUCCAAGGUCCAUCCAAGUUAAUUGAAAAAAGAAAUGAUAAGCUUCUGGAUUAUGAUAAUUGUUUAGCAAAAGCUGAUAAAAAUAAAGAAAACAGACAACUGCAGGAGGAAUUACAAAAAAGCAAAAAUAAUUAUGAAGCUCUAAAUCAACAGCUUUUAGAAGAUUUACCGGUGCUGAUUAAGUCAAGCACUGAGAUUCUAGUUGAAUGUUUGUCUUCACUGCUUGGAUCUCAAAAACUGUUUUCAGGGAAAAUAACAAAGCAGUAUUUACAUCUGAUGGAGAUUCCCUCACUAUCUUUAGCCACAGGAGAUGCUGUAGAAUCUUUUGCAGUAAAACACUUCCUUGUGUGUAAUCAACUUGGACGCUUGAGUUUUUCAUCAAAAGCUUUUAAGGAAACAGGAGGAAACAGCAGGAAAUCUCUUAAAACUUCUCCUAAUUUGAACCGGCAGCUUGGGACUGAUGGUCAAAAGUUGGAGCAAAGUGCAAGUCAAAGAGCUUAUCUGCAAAGCAGAUAUGCCUCCAGUAAAUUAUUUAGUACCAUCGAAGAUCAUGUGGCUGCUGAUCCACUAGACCUUGCUCUCAGUAAAGGCCAUUUGGUGGGAGUUAUCAAGAUGCAAGACCCAAUGGGGAGCUCCCUGCGUUGGUUUGUGGAUAAUGGAGUGGCUCAGGGAUUUGUUCGGAAAGAGUGUCUUGAAGCAAUUUCGUCCAGACUCUCGCUUUCUCCAUCAUCAAGCAUCAAUUCAAGCAUAAGUUCUUGUGCUUCUUCGUCCCCAAAUAAGCUUCGGCCUGACUCAGCACUGAGCAAUAGGUCAUUGGAUCAUAGCCCACGUCAGUCACUAAGCCCACCUAAACCUAAGGGAAAAUCACCUACACCAACCAGCAACUUGCCGCCAUCUUAUGAAGAAGUGACAAACACAGCAUGCAACCGAGCAUUGUAUGAAGAAGUACCUUUUGAGUCAGAUGAUCACUAUGGACCUGUUUUAAAUGCCUCUGGUGAAAACAAUAUUUAUGAAAAUAUUCAAAUGCUAGAUGAAGUUGAGAAUCAAGAAGAAGAUUCCACAUGUGAUGUAGAUCAGUUCUACUAUGCUCUGUAUGACUUUGAAGGUAUGGGUCCUCAGACCUUAGCUCUCAAGGAGGGACAAGUUGUCAACAUUUUACAAAAGCAGGACGUGAAAGGGAACAAGGAAUGGUGGCAUGCUGAGGAUAGGUAUGGAAGGAAAGGGUACGUUCCUGCAAGUUAUCUUAGCCCCUACACAGACUCUUAAGAAUGAUUUGGCUUAGGCUACUGUUUUGUUCACUUUGCCUGUCUAGUUCUUAUUUAUUCUUCUAAUAUCCUACAUUUCGUGUAAGUCUUCCAUUGUUAGUACCUAUUUUGCCUUCCAGAACUUCCCACUAAUCCUGAGCUAGAAAGCCACUGACAGCAUUUCUGAAGUCCUGUUGCAAAACGCACAUUUUCAUCUCAUGCUGGAGCUUUUUCUUCUCCCCUUUUUUUGUAUCUUUGAAAUUUAUUAAUUUAAAGCAAAGAUCCAUGCCACCCAUGUAAAUUUAAUCAUUAUUUUUGAUUUGGUUUGAACCUUGACUGAAUUUUUCAUUGUUUGUUUGAAGUUAACUUAAACUUAAUUACUAUAUUCUAUUCUUCUCCAGGAUUAGAUUGCAUUUUGUACUUGAUUCCUGUUGAAAUGACUGAACAGUUAUAUUUUGUAUUAGAGAUGUAUGCAUCUUUCUGAACUAAGAAUGAACUAGAACUCUCGUGCAGGUACUUAUGAAUAAUCUUUUGUCGAAGUACGUGUCUUAUUACAUGUUUUUCCGUUGGAUGUCGAGAGUCCCUUUCGUUUGUAUGCCAGUGAAACGGAGGUUGCUUACUGAUAUUAUUUAUAAAAUAUACUUAUUGGUAGCACAUAUAAGUUUGUAACAGUAUAUAACAUUGUACGGUACACCUGCCAUUUAUAUUAGUCACUGAAUUACUGUCUAUCAACUUUUAGUUUUUAUCAAUCAAGUGUCUAAUGUGUUAUAGGUAAUUAUUUUUGAACUUUAUUGAAAAUGAAAUCUUACUAUGGAGUUAUCUUAUAGUUCUUUGUUUUAUGCGCCAGACGCCAAAGUAUCUUAACUUGUUUUGGUGUGUUCUAGUCUCUGAAAAUGAAAUCAAAAUGUGCUGCUAUUUCAGGUCAUUGGAGUAAGAUUAUGAAUAUUGGCUCAUUGUUGCCAUAAAAUGUCAAUGGGAUCUUACUUUGUAAAUAGUAAGAUCAUAUAUAUUUUUUGAUAUAUGUAGUUUUAUUUGUUGGGUAUUUGUUGGGCUCCAUUAUUUUCAAAUGCAAUUUUGUAGCAUGCCUCGUAUUGUGAAAAUUGGUUGUUGUAAGAGCAUUGUUGUUUGUUUCUGCUCUGUGUUGUUGAAUUUUGUUAUUUAUAAUUGUCUGGAGUGAUUUUAAGGCUUAAAGUCUCAAAAAAAUCCUAAAUUCAGUAAGGCACAUAUUAGUACCUCUUUGGUCAACGGUGACUUAUUUUUGUACAGGUCUUAACGUUGUGAAAAAGAACAUUAUCGGAGUUUGUUUCCUAUAUACACAUGCUUAGAGCACCAGCUUUUUAUGCUUAUAAACUCAAUGAUGAAUAUGUUUAAAUUAAAUGUAUUGUCACAUAGAAUAAACAAAAAAAAUACUCCUGUA